UACGCUUGAGUACCAUGGCGAAGAAACUGGCGGCGGACGAUCCGAACCUGAUCGCCAUGAUCGUCGACCACCUCAAGAGCCGCGGCCUUUUCGAUGAGUUUCGUAGAGACUGCCUGGCUGAUGUUGACACCAAGCCAGCCUAUCAGAAUCUUAGACAGAGAGUUGACAAUUUUGUGUCCAAUCACUUGGCUAAUCACGAGUGGAAUCCAAGCCUUAACAAAAAUCAGCUGCGUAAUGAACUUCGACAGAGGGUCUGUAAAUCAGGCAUGUUGGAAUCGGGCGUUGACAGAAUUAUUUCUCAGGUAGUGGAUCCAAAGCUGUAUCACAUUUUCAAACCACAGAUAGAGAAGGCGGUCCAUGAAUUUAUGGCUACAGAAAUGAAAGAGGAUGUUGUGCCAAAUCCACCUCCAGAGCCUGAGAAACAAGAGCUCUCAGCUCCAACUUCAGGUACACCCUGAGGUAGCACUUCAAAUGCCCUAGCACCAGCAUGAUAAUGACUGUUUGCUACCCUGAGCAGCAUCAUCUUCAGCUGCAGUUGCACGAUCAGUUAAGAAUAAAUUUUACUCUGGGGCAAAGUCCUUUUCUAGGAUAAACCAAGUUAAAUGCUGUCAACUGUUUACAGCAGCAUUGCUGCAUCAUUAUGUUAAAUAGAGGAAGUUCUUGGAAAUAGGCAGUGAAGAAAACAUGGAAGUUGAUGGAUCGCAAUUGCAGACAGAAUUUGGGGACUUCAGGAACCAAUGUGAACAGAUGCGUUGAUGCUUUGGGUGACAUUUCAAACUUGAAUAAAUGUUAAGUGAUCAGGAUAAAUGAAGAAAAUGUUAUACUAUAAAUGGACAAGUUGUGACUUCAGUUGAAGAAGGACAUGGAUUUUUUUUUAAAUUUCCAAUUUCUUAUUCCAUGCAAGAUAGCCCACUUAUCUAAAAGGCAACUCCCUUUUCUAGAAGUCAAUACAUUGUGCAUUAAUCCUUUGAGGAAUGAAAUAUUUUGCACCAAAAUAUAACAUUUGCUUUGAGGGAGUGGUUCAGAGAGUACUGACAGUAGACAAAAAAUCUGUACUUAUGUUAGCAUCUUUAGAACAUUUAGCACUCAAUUAUUUAUGGAGUAAUAAUUUGAAUACCCUGUAUGUCAGUAAUUUAAGGUUGGUUAUGUAAAUCCAGUAGUGAAUGGGUUAAAUAAUUUUCCAAGAAUUCUUUUGUUAAAAUGUUACUUUAGAAAUAAUGUAUUGAAAGCUUCUAUUUGUUCUAAAUAAUUUAUACUGCUGAAUUUAUAUAUUAUCUUGUUGCAAUUAAACCAGAUCAUUGUCCAUUGAAAACCCUGGUAAUUAGUCAGCCACAUAUUUUGUCUAGUUUUGCAGUUGCUGUUUUGUUCUGUCUCACAUGUUCUCAGAAUAGCCUUUAUUGUGGGACAAGAGAUGCUAUCUUGCUGUACUGACUCCUAGACUUUGCUUUCUCUUUUUGGCAUUGACAUAGCCACGUAUUGCACUAUAUCAAAACUGCAAGAAAAUUGACUAAAAGAAGCUUACUUGCCAUAUAAUUGAGUCUACGAAAAUGUCACUUGCGUGGAACCUGUCUGAUGCUGUGAAAGCAAUGCUGGAUAUUUCUCCAUCUUUUGUUCUGUGCUUGGCUGAAGUGCUGUCUUCUAAUUACAUUGACAUUGGGAAUUUUGUUGGUGUGACUGAGCAUGAGAAGUUCUAAACAAAAAAACUGCCUGGUGAAUUUGUUCUUUCAGAUUUUCUGUUAACUUCUUUUAAAAGUAGUACACCAAGACCCUCCCAAUGCUGAUCAAUUUACAGAAUUGCAUUUGUAAUAAUACAAAUUGCAAAAUGGUUUUGUGUACGCAAAGUAAAACGGGUAAUAUAUUUCUACACUCAGUUCCAUGGUUUGAAUACAACUCCACUUGGGCAAGAAAAGAUGGAUGAGAUCCAUGAAGCAAUCUUGCACUUAGACCUUAAGAUGUAGGCGCAGAAUUAGGCCAUUCAGCCCAUUGGGGCCGCUCCACCAUUCAAUCAUGGUUAAUAUGUUUCUCAACCCCAUUCUCCUGCAUUCUCCCGCAUUCUCCCUAUAACGCUUGAUCCCCUUACUAAUCAAGAACCUAUCUAACUCUGCCUUAAAUACACUCGAUGACUUGGCCUCCAAAGCCCUCUGUGGCAGUCACAGAUUGUAACACGGUUACACAGAUUAACCACCCUCUAGCUAAAGAAAACCCUCCUCGUCUCAGUUGUAAAGGAGCGUCCCUUCACUCUGAGGCUGUGCCCUCUGGUCCUAGUCUCUCCUAUUGGAAAUAUCAUUUCCAUGUCCUUCAGUGUUCUGUAAGUUUCAAUCAAAUACCCUCAUCCUUCUAAACUCUGUCCAUUACAGACCCAGAGUCCUCAACCCCUCAUUAUAUGACAAGAUCUCCAUUGCAGAAACAUUCUUGUAAACUUCUUCUGGACCCUCUCAAAGGCCAGCAUGUCCUUGCUUAGAUAAGGGGCCCAAAAAUCUCAAUAUUCCAUAUAUGGUCUGACCAGAAUCUCAUACAGCCUCAGCUGUAUGUCUGCUGUGGUAUUUUGGCCCUCUUGAAAGGAAUGCUAACAUUGUACUCGCCCCUUCUAACUGUGCCAGGCUGUCUAGUGUGUAGCUUACAUGUGCACAGCUCCAGUAGGUUAGAGUUAUGGGAGACAGGACUAUAUCUCUGUCAUUUUUAUAUUGUCAUUAACCUUUUAGCUCCAGUUCUUUUAUCCUGGCAUUUGUGUCAGCUCCCUGUAUUUGCACUGUUAAAUUCUGUUUCCUUAUCCAAAUGACAAACAAUAGACAUUGCUUGGUAAUAGAAUUCUAGGUCUAUCAGAAUAAUGCAACUUGAAGACUUCGGAUUCAAUCUGAAGUCAAUGCUGAAUUGGGAAAUCUUCAACCGGAUAGGUUACUGCGUCUCUGUUCAGAGCCUCUAGUUUUAAUAGGUCAGGGAUGCUGCUCCUACUCUUGACAACAAUUGUAACUAGAUUUUUCACUGAUGUACUAGGGCAAAACUCAAUAGUGAUACUUCCCACAACUGAAUGUGUAGCCUCAUUAGCUCAGACUAUUCAAGUUGUUUCUGAUUUUGUAGUCGCUGGCUUUCCAUAGAGCUGUAUGAAUUGCCUUAAAGCAGUCUGGGGAUGGAAGAAGAUCUAAAUUCAGAUAAAAAUUCAAGGGGAUUUUUUUGUGUGUAGAGCUAAUUUUUCCAGGAUAGUUUUUAGACUAUUUCUUGAACUUUGCUAGAUAGAGGGGUGUUUUGUCUCCUUCCCUGCCCCCAUCUACCUACCCCACCCCCUUCCCACAGGUAACGAACUAUGUUACUUUGCACGUUUGCUAAAUGAUUUCUGCAUUUUCAUUUUACUAUAAUAUUUGGGUUCUUCAGAAAGUAUCACUGAAAGGGACUGGGAAUGACAGUACCUCAUGGCUCUUGCACCUAUUCACCUCGAUCAUUGGUUUGAAUUUCAAAGCGAAUAAUCAAGCAUAGGUUGUAGUUAAUUUUACCGUGUGCUCAUCUAAAAUUGCGUAAAAGAUGUUCUGAUAGUUUGGAUCAGGGAGGUGAAGUUUCUGAAGUUAAGAUUUUUGCCUUAAUUUUUGUUUCAAUGAAAUUCCGGUGACUAAAAUCUAAAACCAAACUUUGGAUCACUAGAUGUGUGCAGUAAUUAAGCAUUGGGCAACAACAGCAAAAACAUGAAUGCUUGGACUUGGUUACUUAAAAUUGAAAGCCUCCCUUGAUACGUUGAAGUGGCAAAGUUUAGUCUGCUAUGCAGAAUCAUGUCUGUCUCCAGGGCCAAGUACCCUCCAAGCUCUCAAUUUUGUAGGCUGGACUGUACAAUGGUCUCUUGAGAAAUCAGUUAUUUCAGGAGAGAAGGGAAGAAAAUUAUUACAAAAAUGAAAAAGAAUUAGCGGUUCAGGUUGACUCAGCAGGGUUUGAUUUGGCCAAUGGUAUAAAACUUGUGGAGAACCCAAAUAUAUGUUUCAUCCUGAUUGGGUUUUUUCACUUGUACCAACCCCACAUUUUAUUAACCAUGUAAUUUCAGGAGUUAAUUUAGUUAUUUUCAUCUCAAAAUAAUUUAUCCUUAUGCUCGAACGUUUAAUGAGAAGUAAAGUAUGGGAGAAUAAAAUCCCAAACUGCUCAGGGUUUUGUUUGCUUUUUUUCCUGUUUAUUUUGAGGCCAAUUUGAGUCAUUUAUGUUGCAUAGAGAUCCUUAAAGACAUGUAUUUUCCACCUUGAAAACCAAUUAGAUUAAGUAAAAGGGUCACAUUUUGCCAAGUAUCAAGUUAGAAACUUUAGUGUUUCCAAUAUUUUUGCACAGCUCCCAAAUUUUAGUUGAAUCACUGGAUUACCUAGACUGAUUUCAGAGAACUCUGUGCUAAGUAGGCCGUGUUUUUAAACUACUGAAAGCCAUAAAUAUCUUUCUGUCUCGACUAAGAGUUAACAGAGUACCCUUUAUAGUAACAAUGAUGUAGAAUUGUUGGUUCUGUGAACUAAUUGCGAGGCUGGUCCCUUGCAAAUGUAUGGUUACAUGUCUUUAGUCCUGUAGAAGGUGCACAGAAGCACCCGUUGUACUAGCAUUCAGUAUCUAAGAUUAAAUUUGUGGUAGAAUCCUAAAUUGAGUUGCUCACCAGGUCUGAUUGACCAAAUGACACUUAUUGUCACGUAAUGUAUAUGCUGGCUCCUAGAUGCCUUGAAUGUCUUAACCUUAAUACAACACCUUUCAUUAUUUUUCUAAAUUAGAUUUCAACAUUGCCAAAGGCCAUUUUCUGGACAGAGUUUGCUUCACUUUUGUAUGCUUGUGUAAUCCAUUUACAGAUUAAUUGGUUCCAACAGAUUGUAAAAUUUAGUGGUCACACUUCUGAUAGUUAUGACUUGGCUGUUCUGCAAUACUGAAGUCUUUUCUUUGCAUAUUUUUUCCUGUUAUACUCGUUCAUUAAAAUUCAAGAUAGCCUUUCCUAAUCAUGUGAUUUAAAAUAAAAUUUUAAAAAUCUUGUUUUGGCUGUGAAGUGGAAGACUUAAAAAAUUUAAUUGCACUGUAUAUUUUUGAUUUAAUAAUAUAGAUUUGAAUCUAGAUUAGAGAUAUCUAAUCAACAUUUUCAUAAGUAGUGCAAAUGAUAUCCAAGUAUGAUUUUGAAUUAAUGUUAUACUUGAAGUGCAAAUUGUAAGUUUUGGGCAAGUUCAAUAAAAUUGAACAUUGUAACUUCUUCCUUUCUACCAAAAUGUUUACUGCAAGAUAUGAAAAUUGAUGUUUAUUUUUUAUUGUGGACAAAAACUAAUGAGUUAUAUAUUUAUAGAAAUGUCAUUAGUAUGGACCCUAUCUUUUAGUAUUGUAAUUUAGAAAGUAUCCUUUGGACAAAAGUUUACAAUUGGCCAAAAUAUCUCCAUGACUGUGUUUAAAAUUUAGUGGAUUUCCACCUCAUCUUGAAAACUAAGUUGCAUUGUGGGAUUGUGGUCAUCAUUCUCUGAAAUGACAAUCUCCAGAGUAUGCACAAACAUGUAAGAAUUGAACAGAAAAUCUGCAAAUUGCGAAUGACUUGAGCAACAGAAAAAGAAGCAACAAAAUUUUAAAAAAGACUUUUCUUGCAUUUUACAGUUUGAUUUAUAGGUACAAAUUCCAAACUAAUUGAAAUCUUUCAGUCACUACAGUUUAUUUUUGAUAACUUGUGGAUUUUUUUAAAAAAAAACCUCACCUAAGUAAAUGUUGACUUCAUGUCUGUCAGUUUCUAAGUUAAAGAAAAAUCAAACACUGUACUGAUGUCUUGAUGUUAAUGAAUAAAAUGGAUUUACUCAGGUAGAUUAUGCUGUAUUAUUGUUACUAAAGAUAUAGUAAUAAACCCAAAGAAGAUGAAGCAUCAAUCCUGUUAAUUCUGCUCCCUCAUGUCUACUUAGCUGGUCAGACCCCAAAUGAGGAUCUUUGGCACUAUUUAUUUCAACAGAACAAAUAAAAUUAUGGAAGUAGGCCCGGGAAAAUUGUUGGUAAUUUAAAAGAAGUCUGAUUCUGUAAGCAUAAUUCAAAUGUUUGAUUAACUCCAUUGUUUAAAAAUAGUUAAUUUAUCAAUCUGGAAGGAUUUUCUAAAAAGUUAACAUUCAAUGUAUUUUCUGUAUUACAUAUCUAAGUUCCCUGUUACACUUGUAUUUAGGUUUGACAUCCAAAUGCUGUAUUUUAAGAAGGUGACUUCAUAGAUCACCAAAUUCAGAAAGUAACACUUUGCAAUUCCUUCCUCUGAAAUGUAUGUUCACAAUUUGUAUCAGCUGCACUAUAACAAUGUAAAAAUGAAUCAUGUUUAAAUAAAUAUGCUAAUUGCUUGGCUUCAAAUUAA